AAGCUAGUUGACUAUAAAGUCAAAAACGUUAUUACGUGUUAACAUUAAGUUGACGAGCAAUUAUGAAACCCUCCAAAGACGUAACAAUUAAGUUUAUUUUAGCGAUUACGUAACCCUAUAUUUUGAUAAUUGCGAGAAGUCGAUUGAAAGGAGCAUCUUCAACUUAACAACAAUUAGUUAGACAAAUUAAAAGCCUCAAGCAGUAAAUUGAGCAUACUCAGCCUUUAAGCAUCAUAAAAAUGGGGUAGAAGAUUUCCAAAAAAGUUGAGUUUCAACAUUUCCAGUUCCAGUAAUUGAUAAACCAUAUCGUUUAACACCCAGAAAUCUUAAAGUAAGCCCGGAAGAAAAGGUCCCUUAUUCCUUUUUUUUAGUUGGCAUCUAAGUCAACAUUCGACAACCCUACAAAUUGAGCAUCAAACUCAGUUUCUAUUCUCCGCGUCCGCGUCGUAGUCCGAACAUUAUAGACCACAAGACAUGUUCCUUAUCCGACUGGGAAGGAGUGUUAUGUUAUAAUUGUGAAAGUUUGAAUCAUGUUGGUGGACCUGCCUACGUUUAAAAGAUGUUGCUUUUGUUGCCCUCUGAGGCGAGGAAUUCUCGUGUUCGGGUAUCUUACUCUGGUGGUGACAUGCCUCUUUAUAGGAAUGCAAGUUCUGAUGUGGCAGAUGUUCAAAACGGAGAAGGCGGUCACCACGAUGGCGCUGUACCGAGGAGUCGUGAUGGAAGCGCAAUACUUUGUCAUUUUCAUAUUGUACGCACUUGACCUCGUCUUCAACAUCGUAUUGAUAAUUGGGGCACACUUGAAAAGGCGUCUUCUAAUGCAUGCGUACUACUACUACCAGCUGUCUACGAUGAUCGCCAGCUUCCUGGUGGUGAUGCUCUCCUACCACGACAUCAGGCACUUCGGGAGCCUCGGCAUCGCUCUCACUGAGCUGUCCAUCGCGUUCACUGGAUUUGUGUUACAGAUAUAUCUUCUGCUUCUGAUAAGGAGUGAGCUAAGCAAGGAUCGCUAUCAAGAAGGUCGGUCCAGCUUCACCAACCAUAUAGCACAGGUCUUCGUGGAUCCGCCUCUGAGGAGACAAUGGACAAGAGAAGUUGAGGAAUAAAUGUUUUAAACCAUGUUUGUGUUUUUAUUAUUGUAAUUCUAACGCAGGGGCGUCUGGAAUCGAUCGAUCUGAAAGCGAUCAAAUAUGAAUCAAACUUCCAUCACUAAAGGAUACGGUCAGUAAAAAAAGGCUAAAGAGAAAUAAAUUUGCACAAAGAAUUAGUCACUAAAUAAGAGAUAUAACAUACAGUAUCAUAAUAUAAUAUCACAUACCAUGACAUAACACUGUAAAGGUCACGAAAUAGAUAAUAUGACAAAGGUCAACUGAUAUAAAUGUUAGUAUAAUAAGACUAUCCUGUUUAUUGCCCUCUUCUAAUGUAAGGAAUGUUCAUUUCAACUGUAAUAAUUAGCCCUCUGAGGGUCUACAAUCAAGUCUUAAGGUAAUAUUAUUAUGUUUCUGGAUGCGUGACAGCACUACACACGGUGUAGAGCGUCAUCUCUCUCCGACACCCGCUAUAACAUUCCUUUAAGACGUAGCUGUAGGGCUUCUGAUCACGACGUUUGCGUUCUAUGGUUUGACAGUUCCAAAUUCAACUAACAAUAAUCCAAUGAAGGGGCUCGAGAUGAUCAAACUUGACUUAAAUUAUGUUUCAUUGUUUCCACGACUGGUUUGCAAGAUUUGUCACAAAACUGAAGUUUCAAGAAGAAACUUGCUUGAAGUUUAAAAUUUUUUGCUACCAUUUUCCACUGGUCUUCGCAAAUAAUUUGUAGCAAUACGAGAUUAAAAAAAUUACAGCAAAAAAACGAUUGAAACAAAAACGUUUUAUCACCACAUUAGCUCUUAAGGGUUUAAAUCUUUCCCCGUAACCAAAACAACAAAAGAAAAAAUAAUAACAAACGCAUUAACGUCACAAAUUACAGUGGCAAUAGCCCUGUGACCGGGAUACAGUUCUGUUAUUGAAUGAACGAAACUUAUUUAUAAAUACCGGUUACGUAUCUUCUAAAUAUAAGAAACUGGACAUUAACGCUAUCAGUACGUAUUCAACCUGUUGCCUGAACACAAGUGUUUUAAAAAAGUUUAAAGAAAAGAGUUUUUAUUCGUCGCGUCUGUGUAUUUUUAGUUCUGUUUUGAUUUGAGAAUGCAUUCUGAGUUGCCAGUGUGUGAGCGGUGUUGUUUCUGUUUGCCGUUGCGUUAUGGGCUUAUAACAUGGGGAUAUAUACGAUUAAUAAUCGCUAUUUUGCUGACAGCCGGCGCCACCCUCACGUUCUACGGCAUGCUGGGCAUGGCGCUCAACUACCCCCUCGUCGAGUACACAGUGUACUCGGUCGUACUGGGUUUCGUCGUACUGUUAGCCCUAAACGAUGUCAUCCUCAACACGAUAUUCAUUAUUGGAGGACAUAAGAAAAACGUGAAGAUGCUACGAGCGUACUACAUCUACAGCCUCAUUCUGUGGACAACCACCACACUGCUGGGCAUAGCGUCCUGUAUCUACACGAUGACUCUGAUCAAGCUCGGUGAGAUCGACAUCUCUCUCCACAUCUGGAUCGUACUCAUGGACGUAUCAUCACUGUUGGCUCAGAUUUUGAUCCAAGCCUACGUGAUACUUCUAGUGAGGAGCGAGAUGAUCAAACUGAGAAGCAAAUGCCAGUUCAGAUUCGUGAACAACGCCGCAGAAUCAGAAUGCACAAUGAGAUACAAUGCAGAAAUAGCAAAUAGAGACGCAAAUGGUUUCACAGAAAACGAUACUAAUGCCAAAGACGCUUGCGAAUUUAUAGGAUACGUGUCAAAGAAUAAUGAACCUUAUUGAUUUUAAAAGUGUUUUCUUAAUGGGCGAAAUAAAGUGAGCCCUUUCUAAUAUAUAAAAAUGAGGUUGUUAUCCAAAUAUAGAAACAAGAUAGGUCCACGUACUGACAAAGAGAUUCUAUAUUUUGAUCGUGCCAUUAUUUUGCACUAAGUACAAUAAUUAUUUCCUUAAAUUAGUAGAAAGUACUUAUGUAAAAUAUUAGAUUUUAAGUGAGUCAAUGCAAUUAUAUUAAGUCAAUAUAUUUAAUGUUCUGUA